UGCGACCUGACUACGUACAGCGGUCGAGUCCCCGCGCAGAUACUGCCGUCCGAAGAAUUAUCCCAACGGGGUAUUCAAGCCAUAGGCGACAAAUAUAUAAUUCGAAAUGUCGACAUCAUCACCAGCAUUGGAGACAUCUAUAACGCCGCCAAUCCCCGAGCAUCAAGCAUCAAAGAAAAUGGGCGGUUCCGCCGCAGGGGGUGGACAUGCACCGGUCACGAGCUCGAAGCGCGACUAUAAGGGAUUUGUUGCGGGUGUAUUCUCUGGUAUUGCGAAGCUGAGUGUCGGACACCCAUUCGAUACCGUGAAGGUCCGUCUACAGACAAGUAAGGAUGGGCACUUCAAGGGACCGCUAGAUUGCGUGCUACAGACAGUGCGGAAAGAGGGUGUGAGGGGACUAUACAAGGGAGCAACACCACCGCUGGUCGGAUGGAUGGUGAUGGACUCUGUCAUGCUUGGCUCCUUGACGCUGUAUCGCCGAUUGCUGCUCGAGAACGUCUUCUCCAGGCCUGAGAUUCGCCGCAUAACACCCUUUGCCAAAUACCAAGACGGGCACACACUGCCCAGCUUUGGUCAUGGAAUUGCAGGCAUUUUGGCCGGAACAACAGUCAGCUUCAUUGCGGCACCUGUAGAACACGUCAAAGCGCGACUGCAGAUUCAGUAUGCGGCCGAUAAAUCGCAGCGCAUGUACAGUGGGCCGAUCGAUUGCACGCGUAAAAUUCUUCGCACGCAUGGACUCUCCGGCUUAUAUCGUGGCUUGUACGCCACAAUCUUCUUCCGUUCCUUCUUUUUCUUCUGGUGGGGAUCCUACGAUGUGCUGUCCCGGUGGAUGAGGGAGCAAACAAAUCUAUCCACGCCGGCGAUUAACUUCUGGGCCGGUGGAAUCUCGGCGCAGAUCUUCUGGAUUACGUCGUAUCCGUCUGAUGUGGUGAAACAGCGCCUGAUGACCGACCCGAUGGGCGGCGCUUUGGGUGACGGGCAGCGACAGUUCCGGUGGUGGAAAGACGCUGCGGUGGCGGUUUACCGCGAGCGAGGAUGGAGAGGAUACUGGAGAGGCUUUGUGCCUUGCUUCCUGAGAGCGUUCCCGGCGAAUGCCAUGGCUCUGGUUGCAUUUGAGGGUGUGAUGCGGUGGCUGCCCUGAAAAAAUGUGGGUGCCAGUCGCGACGGGGACUUGAAGACCAAGCCAAGAGGCUACAGUGCAUUUGUACAUAAGAUAGAUCUAUACCAACGCAUGAACGACUUUAUUAUAAUAGACACAAUCCAUUGAUUGCAUUCAACAUGGGCAAAGAAAAUAACGUAAAAUAAAAUUAAUAAAGAAGGAUUACUUGUUGAAAGAAGAAUCAAGGGCACGAACAAACCCCGUGUAAAGGGUGAACCCUGCAGGGUUGCCGCAUUCGGCGCUGAACGUGUGUUCCCAUCGUCCAGAAACAGCCAUCAGACUCUCUCGUGCAAUUUCGCUCCCUCUCUGAAUGCAACUGCGGUGCCAGUCGAGACAUCGAGGCUCCGAAAUGGCGACCCAGC